CUCCCUCACUCCUGGCCUGACCUUCGCCAAAGCAAGCUGUGCCAAGAGAAGUAGGAUUGUAUUCAAAAAACCUGUGAGUGUCUGUCUUUUCUUUUAGAAGUUUCAGCAAAAACUGCGAAAGAUCGUUAGUCACGUCAGAGAGAGAGAGAGAAGGAUUAGCAUACGACCAAAAUGAAGGUGAAUUACAAAUACUGAAAAUAGUAAAAUGAGUGUUGGCAUUCUGUGAUCACUGUAUGUUUUACAGGUUCUUGGAAAAUGUUGCCAUGGUCUUGGGACUCACGAAAAUGACUCUGCUCUUGCUUGCUUCCUUGCUCCUGACGUGGGUGAGGGGGAGUCUGGAGGAAGCCCCAGUUAUCAGAAAAUGCUGUGCUCAAGAUGAGUUUUUCGACGCCAUCACAUGGCACUGUGUAAAAGCGAAUUUAGAAGAAGAACUAACACUUGAACACCACAUCAAGAAUCUCCUCAGAGACACUUCAACAAACAUCACUUACAGAACUGGAAGGCUGAGCUCAUGUCCCGUAUUGGAAAUAGAGGUGAUGACGCCACAAAGCCAUGCAUUUCUAACAGAUGGGCGUCUCCAAGACCUCGGGUUCGGGGUGACAUACGACCACAAACACUACUGUACAGAACUCCAGGCAUCGUCGCCGGAGGAGCUGACGAAUGGCACUCUGGUAGCUGAAGUCUGUCCGAGAGUCAAAAACUGCUGUAAUGAAAGCCAGAACGAUGCACUUUCUCUCGACUGUCAUGCUCAUCUUGGGAGUACCGGUCACUACGUUGAUCAAAUUCACACAUUCCUCAACACUCCCCUGAUCUCUGACACAUUUUCGGUUGAAAACGCCAGAUCUUUCAGGAUAGUCAAAUCAGACAAGAUCUUUGCAUACAACAACGAUGGCACAAUGCAUCUUUGCGACUUCUCAGAGAAAUGUUUUCCAGUUUCAUCUUGCUGCAAAGAAUUCUUUGGCGAGGAUAGUGGCGCCUUCAUAUGUCAAAACAAGUUCAAUAAAUGUUGCUCUUCUCAUGAAAUCUGGUCUGACAACGGUUGCGUAGCAACAAAACGGAAAUUCAGGUCAUCUAGCCACAUGACAGAACUAAUGGAAUCCUACCUUCCCCAAACAGCACAGCCUAACCGAUCUGGUAAGACCUGCAAUACCACAUUCAAAUCAGCAGAUAAGCACAUUCUCUGGUGGAUAGACGGCGAAGGCACUCUGUCUGUGCAAAACAAUGAGGGGAGUCUAAGUACAACCAAUUAUUGUGUGGAGGAUUAUGAGGACAAUACAGGUGCUGCAGACUCUAUGGUAAUGCUGUGUCUGUGGGACAUAGCUCAGAUCUUACCUGAAGAAACACUCGAUCAUUAUAGCGAGGGUCUCCCAUUUGGGAAAUGUUGUCCAGAGGGCCAGUACCUCAAUGGAAACUUUAGCUGCAUUAGCGGGGAAUAUGACUUGGACAUUCUCAAUGAACCACAGUUUGUGGCUGCCAAAGUUACGGAAUUAAUACACACAGGCUUUCCUAAGUGUAAAAAUCUAGUAGAGAAUUACAUAUCAUAUGAUUUCGGUCAGCAGAACAAGAGCGAUUAUGCCAUACUUGUUGAUGACCAGACAAUGGGUGUGAAUGUAAUAGAUGAUGAAAGUGGCUGCAAUUUUACAUUUGAGAAACUAAGAAACACAGAUUACUGCAUCGAUUACUUCCUUGGCAACACCACCAGGAUACAAAUCUUUAUCUGCAGCAAUAUGUACAGACUGUCUUUGAAACACCAAGAAAAGUACAUUAUUAUACCUACGUUGAUGGGGGUAUCAUGCGCUGCUCUCUUGUACACCGCUUACGUCCUCCUCUGCAGCAGAGUCAGACGAGGCAUUGUUACAGUGAAAAAAAUUAACACACUGGCUGGGAGAAUUCUUCUGAGCUACGUAUUCUCUUACUUUCUGGCGUUUAUGUUCAUGAUAAUUCAACAGACAGCACCCCUGACCAAUGACGGCAAGGUUUGUCCCUUAAUAGCUGGGUCCGUAUUGUUCUUCAUGUUAGCUGCCUUCCUGUGGAAUACGUCCAUCUGUCUGGAGCCGCUGCUUCUCACUCUAGACGUCAGGGUUCCAGAAAAUUGCCGGUUAUUGUGCCACUGUUUGUGGGGAUGGGGCGUGCCGGCCAUAAUCACAGCAGUGGCUUUGACCCUUGACCAUUACAGAAAACAUCUGGAUUGUUCAAUUGUCACACCAAAGAUUGGCCUCAACUCCUGCUUAUUCUCUGAUGACAAAGCCCGACUACUUUACUUGUACACGCCGAUGUCAAUCUCCCUCUUGGCAAAUGUCGUCUUCUUGAUCAGCAGCAAGCUGGCCAGACGUAUAAAACUCAAACAGCUGGAACAAGCAGCUCAUCAUAUUAAAAACGAUGACAACCACAAAAGUUCCGAGGGACAAAGACCAAACGCCAAACCAUCACUGCGUCAGCAUUCGGGACUCAGGAAAUACGAGAAUCGUAAUGUAUGGGUUGACUCAACAAAGCUGGUCUUCUGGGCAGGAUCCACCUGGGUUUUGGAGCUAGUUGCAUUUCUGAUAGGUUAUUACAAGUCAAUUCCUGGCGAGAAGUGGUACACAUACCUAUGGUAUUUGCCCAUAGCCAUCAACUGCCUCCGAGGCGUCGGCAUUUUCUUCAUUAUUGUUCUCACUGCAGACGUUCGCAAGAAAUUGUUCAAAAGGCUCCUCAUCACCUGUCCACGGAUCAAAACACUCAGAAAGGCAAUCAGUUCCCCCUCAAAGACUGGCAACACUGUUUCAUCAACCUCUGGCAAGCAAUCCACCUCAAAAGACAAAACCUCAUCGAUCUUGGAGCCAGAGACAACAGUCACCAAGCUCUGAGUCUUUCAUGAACUGGAGAGAGACUUUCUCAAUAUGACCUGAUUAAAAGUGGAAGCCAAGGUGUAUAGUAUGUAUCAUCAAAUAUUUCAGAUAUGCUAGAUGGUCUCGACAUCAUAGAAUUACUGAUCAAAACUUAAGGCCUGUCAGUUUAGCUGCUUUAGCACAAAAUAUGCAUUCUUUUAAAUUGCUCACCAGAUUCUGAUAUUUUAAGUCUUUAGAAGAAAGUUUGCUUUUUAGCAUAAUUAUAACCCAUUCAUGUUCCAGCCAAUAGUAGUUGAUAACUUCCAUCACAAUCAUUUAAAGACAGCAAAUUUCUUAGUCCUAAGCAUUGGCAUCACCUAUGUGGCCACUAUUGGUUAAAGUUUGCUUGCUACAUUCUUAACCAGCAAUAACAGCUGGAUGAGUACUCAAGCUAUCCAACAUGUUAUUAAAAACAUUCACGUGAGCUCAGCUUCUAAGCACAAGCCAAAUUUAACAUUUUAAACAUCUGAAUACCCCCGCAUUCGCGGAUUUCACAGGAACAUACAUGUAUAUAUACUUUAUUCGCAGAAAAUUCGCCUAUUCACGGUAUUUUUCAGAGAAAUAUUCAGUAAUUGCUGUAUAUUUUCUUAUAAUUUUCACAACUAAAUGCACUUUGUGAUAAAAAUAUUUAAAUACUUAAGUAUAAGCAUUUUUUAAGGUGUUUUAAGCAUUCAUGGAAAUUAGUUAUUCAUGGGGGAGGGGGGGUUAGAGCAUCCCAGCAAAUUCGGGGGGUCCACUAUAAUGCUCACACUUAGGUGACUCAGCUAAGCCUUCUGCUUUUACUAAUACAUAUACCCUUUUGAUACAGUAAAAUCAGUUUCCUCUUAAGUUUAUUUGUCCACUUCGUACCCGCUGAGAAACAACCGUUACAGAAAUCUCAAACAGCUACUGGAACAAAGGAGUUCCAGAAUAGUACUUCAUGGUCAUUUUUAGUUAUGCAUUUUUUUUUUUUUUUUUUUUUUACUAACCUCCCUGCUUCAUUCUAGGUGAAAGAAUAUUUAAAAAGGGGAAUCACGCAGAUUCCCAAAAGCUAAAGUUCUUUAUAUACAGGCAGUCCCCGGGUUACGACGGGUUCGGCUUACAACGUUCCGAGGUUACGCUUUUCAAUUAUAUUCAUCAGAAAUUAUUUCCAGGGUUAAAACGCCUACAACGCUCAUCUGGCACAAGAAUUAUGACACCAAAAAUGCAAAAUAAUCAAUAUUUGAAGGUUUUGGGGAUGAAAAAUGCAAUAAGAAUGCAGUUUACAUAGUUUUCAAUGCAACCAAAGCAUUAAAACUAAGGUUUUCUUAGGAUCUUUCACGAUGUUCCAGCUUACGACGAUUUUCGGCUUACAAUGUGUCUCAAGAAUGGAACCCCCAUUGUAACCCGGGGACUGCCUCUAUACAUAGAUUUAUUGCUAAAUAUAUUAGUACCCAUACA